AUGCCAGAUACUGAGUCCGACGCUCUUGAAACUCCAAGUGCCUUCCUAUACAGAGCUCGUAUUGACGGACCCGAGGAGCCUGGCGGCGACGACAACAUCUGUACCAAGCCUGUGAAUCUCAGUCACGAGAGAUCACCUUCUCAAAAUUCAUCAUCCUCCCAUAUUUCCCGAUGGUUGAAACCGAAACGGCGAAAGACCACUGCCUCGACAUCGACUUUGACAAAUUGGGAAGCAUUGUCUGGUUGCAAACUCGCAGGCGUUCCAGAUAUUUUACAUAUAGAAGAAACCUUUCCUGCUCCCCGGGCAGAUCUUAGUGAUGCAUUCCAUCAUGCUCAAGGAAGAUGGAAUCGCGACAGGAGCUCUUCAGGCAAAUCUACGACAGUUGUGUCAUAUUCUACCACCAACGACGGAAAGUCAUCCCAGACAACUCAAGACGACUUCGAACAUGAGCUGGGCCCAGAGCUUUCCGCUCACGCUGUUGAGAAAGACCCGCCACAACUCGCCCCUUUGCCGGACAUGUCUAAGUGUAGCUUGGAAAGGUCGUCGACCUUGCGAGCCUGUAUAGAGAAGCCAUCUGACGACUUCAUUGUUGAGUACAAAUCUCAGCGGCGCUCUUCAAAGAAAACUAUUCAUUAUGAAUUGACCAAUCGAUCAAGACCCUAUACAGCACCGCCCAAAGCUUUACCGGCCGCCACGCUUCGACCUCUUGAGAGGAAGACAAGGAUAAAAAGCAGACAUCUGCCGUCGAAUGACAUGGCAGUGUGUUCCAAAGACAAAAGACCGUCACAUUGGGCACCUGAUUCAAAAGCACGUUGUCGCAGCUUACCAAAAGAAGAGUUUCAGUGGGCUUCUGGAACAUCUGUGACCGCUGGAUCCGUUGUCAAGCACGAUUCAGAACAGGACUCGCCUUCGUGCUCUACCUCGAUCACAACUCUUCAACUACCCCCUAAUGUAUUUGAAAGGCCGCCCUUGUCCGAACAGAACGUUCAUUCCCUGCACCUGGCCGCCCUUCAGUCUGCACCGAAGCCCGCUAUUCAACGUCAGCUCUCAAACCGGUUCUCAAGCCAGGGGAGCAACAUUACAUUCUCUAGUAUUGGUCUGGGUAUAUGUUAG